AGACCAAACUUGUAGUUAUUAUCCUGGCACAUUCAAAACAUAUGCUGUAACCUAAGAAGGAUUGUUAGAGCUUAUGAAGCGGAUCAGUUUCUCUAUGAAUGUAUGUUACAUUCGUCACAAUGGGCCGCUAAAUCAGCACUUAGUGGCACACCAAUCCCUAUGCAUUAAGUUACUGUGCAUAACUAUGAGCCCAAAGAGUUUGUUUAUGUCUGAUGUUAAACACCAGAUUGUAAUGUUUGAAAGGCUCUGGUAUUGGAUCGAAUUGAGUAUCAGCAGUUACCUGAGAUGAAGUCCUGGAAUCAGGAGAGAAAACAAUCUGAUCUGUCCAUCUCUGGUUUAUUUGAACGAAGUCACUCAUUUGAUGCAGUGAUUGUCUUUUGGUUGUGUUAUCUAUUCUCGUCAUAAUUGCUUUACUUUUUCAUUGAGAAAACAAAGUGGAGUUCUCAUUUGUUGGAUUAGUUCAAAUCCAAUGGUUUAUUGGGAGAAAUUUGGGAGAAACCCUCUCCAUCGAAGGAAAUGCCUCAGUUUAUAAUGCAGUUGACGCCUUGAACUGGGCACAUAAUAUUGCCCCUGUUCACACCAACAAUGGAGCUAUAACACAGCGGAGUUAUGUUUUUUUUUUUGCAGCUCAUGCAAAUCAAAGAAGUUUAAAGCUGGUAGAUAUUUAAAAAGUCCCUGUAGAAAACAUUCUUCCCAUAUGAACUGUGCCAGACUGAUUGAAUUUCAGCCGUUUCCAAUUGUCUCUUCUUUCUCACGGGCAAAACACACAACACACAUUCUCACACACACACUGCACGCUUUCUCAUUCACUCAGGGUUCACUCAGUCAGGCAAAGCUUUAGCUAUGUAUUCUGCAGGCUUAGGUUUCAUGUUUUUUACAUGCCUGCAAGAAAUUAUGUGCUGUGCAUGAAUAAUAGGUUCUCUGAUUAGUGUCAUAUUAAAACCAUGUAAUAUAAUUACCUAGAUACCAUAUAUAAUAAGAGUGCGGUGCAGCCACUUUGUCAUCUCAGUACUGUUUACCACCGAGGUCAUGUUUUAUUGGCUGAGGUACUUAUACUUGCAUACUGACAAGUUUUGUUAGACUGGCUAAUAACCUUUUGUCCUGUGUCAUCUCCUGUCUGACUCUAUGACUCACAUCCUUCUGCUCUGUCUCCAAGCAAAGUAAUACGAGCAGAAACAGUUUCUCUUUUUAACUAAUUGAUUUCUGUGUUUAUCACUACAGGCUGUGGGUGGGUUGGCACAACACGGACAAGUUUCUGAAGACUGGUUUGUAGGCCGCGUACGCAAACGUCGCCACGAUGAAUGAGAGGCAGGCUCUCCACUCUAUCAUGAAAGACCUGGUCGCCCUCCAGAUGACUCGCCGCCAGCCUGUGUUGUCGUAUGACAGCAGCAAACCCAAGACGCCGGCCCAGGCCAACAGACAGGACGAUGUCAGGAUAAAGUUUGAGUUCUCAGGAGAGCGGAGGAUUCUGGUGUUUGGACGGCCUGUGCAGUUCGAGGAAGUCCAGCAGAAAGUCACGACUGUCUUUGGCCAGCAGCUAGACCUGCAUUAUAUGAACAAUGAGUUGUCCAUCCCUCUGCGAGAUCAGGAUGACCUGGACACGGCGAUCGACCUGCUGGACCGAAGCUCCAACAUGAAGAGCAUCAGGAUCCUGCUGCUCACUCAGGAGCACAGCAAUGCCUCCUCCCCCUCCCACCACAUUCCAUGUAAGCAGGUGAGGAUUAAGUCCUCCCAAUCCACUGGAGACGUUAGCACGGCGUACCAAUCCUCCGAGUCCAGGGGGCGCCACCUGUCUACUGGUUCUCAGAACACGGGGCGUAGCUCGCCGCCUCCUGGUUACGUGCCCGAACGCCAGCAGAGGAUCGCCCGCCAAGGUUCAUACACCAGCAUAAACAGUGAGGGGGAGUUCAUCCCUGAGACCAGCGAUCAGUGUGUGCUGGAUCCCUGGAGCAGUGCAGAAAACUCAGUCUCUGGAAGCUGCCAGUCUCUGGACAGCAACUCAGACAGCCCUUCACUGAGGAAGUCUCGCAUGCACAGAGCCAAGAGUUACCCUGAUAAUCGCCAGGAGUGCUCAGACAGGGAAAACCAUGUGUAUGACAGGGUAGCAGGGAAAGGAGGCACCUUCCCUCGUAGGUACCAUGUCUCCCUGCAUCAUAAGGACCACAGUGAAGGCCGUCGGACGUUCCCGCGGAUCCGUCGCCCCCAGGGGAACCUGUUCACUCUGGUGCCGUCACGCCGGUCGCUCAAUGGCAGCGAGGAUAGCGUGGGCAGCUGGCAGCUGGUCGACGCUCACGGCAGGCUCCGUCCCCAAGAUCGUUCUGUCGCGCAUAAGUCCCCCAGUGCUCCGAUGACAUGGCGGCGGGGGAAGCUUCUGGGCCAGGGAGCGUUUGGUCGGGUUUACCUGUGUUACGAUGUGGAUACUGGGAGGGAACUGGCUGCCAAGCAGGUCCAGUUUGAUCCUGAGAGUCCUGAGACCAGCAAGGAGGUCAGCGCUUUGGAGUGUGAAAUCCAGUUGCUGAAGAAUCUGCAUCACGAGCGUAUUGUUCAGUAUUACGGCUGUCUGAGGGACCACAAUGAGAAGACUCUCAGUAUUUUCAUGGAGUACAUGCCGGGGGGUUCAGUCAAAGACCAGCUGAAGGCCUACGGGGCACUGACAGAAAACGUGACCCGGAAGUACACGAGACAGAUCCUGGAGGGCAUGUCCUAUCUGCACAGCAACAUGAUCGUACACAGGGACAUCAAAGGUGCCAACAUCCUGCGGGAUUCAGCGGGCAACGUGAAGCUCGGGGACUUCGGUGCCAGCAAGAGGCUGCAGACCAUCUGCAUGUCUGGAACCGGCAUCCGCUCUGUGACUGGCACCCCCUACUGGAUGAGCCCGGAGGUGAUCAGUGGAGAGGGCUACGGCAGGAAGGCCGAUGUCUGGAGCCUUGGUUGUACGGUGGUAGAGAUGCUGACAGAAAAGCCUCCGUGGGCUGAAUACGAGGCCAUGGCGGCCAUAUUCAAGAUCGCCACCCAGCCCACCAACCCGCUGCUGCCCUCGCACACCUCGGACCAGGCACGGGACUUCAUAAGCUGCAUUUUUGUGGAGGCCAAACACAGGCCCAGUGCUGAGGAGCUGCUCAGACAUCCCUUCUCCCAGAUUCUGUGCUGAAGCCUGCCUGGUUUCUGAACUUCAACCACAGAGUUACGGCCUCAGCAGUGUCUGUAGCUUCCUUGACACCCAGUCCAUGGCAGGAAAUCUGGAUGUGGAACUGAUCUAGAAAUCAGUGUUAAACUCACCGAGCCACUGCCGGAGCUCAAGACGCUCCUCCACAUAAAACCAAAUAACAAGACGGUUUGUCCACAGCGGUCAUCAAUGCCUUGCACUUACAAGAGUGACCACACGGGGGAAACAAAACACAGAUUAAGUGGAUUAAGUGCGGAUCCUUCAUAUGCACACACUUCAAAUGAUGCACUCCGAAGGCAGCGUCCUUCAAGCCAUGCACCUGUUGUGUCUUCAUUGUGUACCCUCUCCUGUGUUGGCAUUCUCUGUGAAAUGCCAGGAAGCCCCACAGUGUUUGAAACAUUCAGCUGAGCACCGUUUGUAAGCUACAGCACACCACUGUGUGCUCAACAGUUUUAAUUGGACAGGAUUGUUCUCUUUUUUCCCCACUUUGUCUCUGUCUCGUUCUAAACGAGGAAAACUCUUUGAAUGUCUGCGUAGGUUGGAUGAAACACAGAUGGAGCGAUGUGCGUAGAGUAGCUGGUGUUUAGUGGAAGAAUAAUGUUUAGCUGCACCAAUAUUGAACAGACUGAGGCAUGUUUUGAUUUAAGCCCUUCAGAAUUAAGACAUCAAUUUAACAUGGUUUAGUCAUUUUAGUGGUAGAAAUGAAUAAACAGGACCCUCAAUCGACCACGAUGCACGGCGUGUACUUGCACCAGUUUUUUGUCUCUUAUGUAUUGCGGUUACAUUCAAGUCACAUUGGCAAACUAGUUUCCCUGAAAAAGAAUUACUUGGUGAUCUUUGAAAGACCCUGAAGGAUGUUUGACAACACUUACUGCUCAGAAUACACUUCUAAUCAUCUGGAUGUGAAAAGGUUUCGUCUUCUGUGCAAAAAGAAAGUGUUAACUGUAGACAAACAUAACUGAUACCAAUUCCUUUGGUUUUUGUUGCAUAAAUUAUGCAAAGAUAUAUGUCAUUUCCGACUACCAUCUUUGUUUGAAUUUGGAAACAGCUUGGGAAACUUUUUGACUAUAUUGAUAUUUUCAUAUUUUUCUUUUGUUGUACAAAAAGAGCAAGGGCGUAUGUCAUUCCCAGCUGCUUGGAUGCAAAAUACAGUCACAACUUAAGAAAAGGGUUAAAAGAUAUCUUUUUUAUUUUUAUUUAAAUAGAGCAGCAAUUAUUUUAGAGUAUAGAGUUUUUAAGGACUUUUGAAAUGCCUUCAUAGCAGCAGUGAGUUCUGUUAAAUGAUCUUGCUGUUUAUUUUUCAGAGAAACAAAAGCUCUGUUACUUGAAAGUGAUUGUAAUGCAUGAGAGGCACAAACCUAACUGGGGCUAUGCAGCUAGAAUAACAUAUUUUAAGAUAUGACUCUUCACAGAAAGAAAACACUCCCUCCUCUGUCACUAUUGCUGUCCUUCUAACCAGUUAAUACAUUGAAAGGAUUCACGUUAAUAAGUGCAUUUCAGUACAAUCUAGGAAUUUAAAUCAAAUAAUAUAUUUCUAUAAAGUAUGAGAUGUAACUGCGCAGGAGGAGCUGAGUGUGUAUGUUUCUUUUAAAUUGACUUUUCCAUGUCUUGUUCUACCUUUUGCCAAAAUGUGACUUAUCCUUCCAUGUGCCAUCCUCCUUUUAUAGCUCUUCAGUGUCACAGGUGUUCUCAGCCCACAAAGUGGCAAAAAAAGGGGGCAGAUAAAAUAUAAUGAUACGGACUUGUUAUCAGUUAUAUGUGAAAAUGAAGCAGGUGAUGCUUUUUUUGGUUUAAAAAUGCAAACUUAUAGGGCCUUCAUUUGGAAGUGCUCUCCAUCGCCUUUGCCUAAGAUCUUACUGUUGAUUUGUGUCUAGACCAAACAUCCCUGACUGAGAAACCUUUGCUUUAAAUCAGAUGCACUUUUGAUGUUAAAUGAAUGUUCUGGAGUUUUUGUUCUCUUUACCAAAUUUUUUUUUUUUCUUUUACUUCAAAUGUGAAAUUUGUUUCAUUUUUAUUUAUAUUCCCGUGUCUAU